UCCGCUCUUUCACGGUUCUUAUUAUCGAGAAAAGCAGAGAAAAAGGUUUCCCCCAAAAAAGGCCAUGGCCGAAAAGAAAAUUUCCCCGAAAAUUAAAUCAGAAAUUCUCGAAGAAAUCUCGCCGAAGCCUUCGACGGAGGCGGUGGUUUAUGGGCAGACGGCUUCCGUAAUUGAUCUCAGUAGUAGUAGUAGUGAUUCAGAUUCCGAUGACUUGCCGCUUUCAGAUGAUGACGUGGCGGGAGACAAUUCGAGGCCGAAGAAGAAGAAGAAGAAGGUGGACGGGUCGACUGCGAAUGUGAAAUUGCCGCUAGGGUUUCUUGAUCCUUUACCAACUAAGGAAACGAGGUUGUCUUCAUCAUCACCGGCACCGUUGGCUGUGCAUGUGCCGGGGGAUGAUGCUCUUUUAGCCUUGCCGGCGCCGAAGGGAAAUGCGGCGGUGAGUUUGCAGUGUAAUGCUAAGCAGUUUUGGAAGGCUGGAGACUAUGAAGGAGCUCCUUCCGGUGAUUGGGACUCAUCUUUCGGAGGGAUGGAUCACGUGAGGGUUCAUCCCAGAUUCCUGCAUUCAAAUGCCACAAGUCAUAAGUGGGUCCUUGGAGCAUUUGCAGAGCUCUUGGACAACUCACUUGAUGAGGUCUGCAAUGGAUCAACAUAUGUUAACAUAGAUAUGAUUGAAAACAAGAAAGAUGGGAACAGAAUGUUGCUGAUUGAAGAUAAUGGUGGGGGCAUGAAUCCUGAUAAAAUGCGUCAAUGCAUGUCACUUGGGUAUUCGGCGAAGAGCAAAAUAGCUGAUACUAUUGGGCAGUAUGGAAAUGGCUUUAAGACUAGUACAAUGAGGCUUGGAGCUGAUGUUAUUGUUUUCUCACGGUCUCGUGGCAAAGAAGGAAAUAGGUCCACACAAAGCAUUGGUUUAUUGUCCUACACAUUUUUGAGAGGCACAGGAAAGGAAGAUAUUGUAGUUCCCAUGCUUGAUUAUGAAAGAAGAGGCCAAGCGUGGGACAAGAUAAUAAGAUCAUCUGCCGCUGAUUGGAGUAGGAAUGUAGAUACUAUAGUGAAGUGGUCUCCUUUUUCAAGUGAAGCAGAUCUUCUUCAACAGUUUAAUUGGAUGAAAGAUCAUGGCACUCGAAUAUUCAUAUACAAUCUUUGGGAGGAUGACCAAGGACUUUUAGAACUUGACUUCGAUGCUGAUCCCCACGAUAUUCAAAUUAGAGGCGUUAACAGGGAUGAGAAGAAUAUACAAAUGGCUCAACAGCAUCCCAACUCCAGGCACUUCUUGACCUAUCGACAUUCAUUAAGGAGUUAUGCAUCAAUACUCUAUCUUAGGAUUCCACCUGGUUUCCGGAUUAUUCUCCGUGGCAAAGAUGUUGAGCAUCACAACAUAGUGAAUGAUAUGAUGAUGACCAAGGAGGUUACUUAUCGCCCACAGGCUGGUGUAGAUGGGAUCCCAAGAGAUGUCAAUAUGGUUGCCAUUGUCAAUAUUGGAUUUGUGAAGGAUGCCAAUGCUCACAUUGAUGUUCAAGGAUUCAAUGUUUAUCACAAAAAUAGACUUAUCAAGCCAUUUUGGAGAGUUUGGCAUCCUCCUGGAAGUGAUGGCCGUGGAGUCAUAGGGGUCUUGGAAGCAAAUUUUGUUGAACCAGCUCAUGAUAAGCAGGGGUUUGAGCGUACGACAGUUCUUUCAAGGCUUGAAAAGAAAUUAGUAGAAAUGCAAAAGCACUACUGGACUAGCAACUGUCACAAGAUUGGCUAUGCUCCGCGACGUAGUAAAAAAUCAGCUAAUGAGGAAGACAAUUCUCCUGACUCUUCUCUAAAAUAUAAAUCGGCAAAGAAUGCUGAGAUGAAUGAUAAGGCACCUGAUUCAGGAAAGAGAUCCUUGCGCUCUAACUCAGUGGACGUUAGUCAAAAUGGGCAUACAGAACAGGGGAAUAAUAGAAGUAGAACACCUGGAAAAAGAUUGAGUUAUUCUGAACGAUCAUCACCUGCUGCUGAGGAUGUUAGUGAUGAUGAUGGUCCAACUAAUGUCCACAAGAGUCAAAGAAAUGAUUUUUCUCAAAAAUCAUCAUCUACCAGGAAAUUACAUGGGAAACACAGCUCUCAAACCUGUUCAAGGUCAAGGUCUGCGAUAGCUGGGCACAAUUUCUCUAAAGGUGGAAAACCUGUUGGAAUUACAACAGAGUUGGACUCUGAGAGUGAGGAUGUUGGAAAUGGAUCCUCAGAGGUAUUGGAUCAGUUGAAAGAAGAAAAUCAUGUUUUGAAAGAAAGAAUUGAAAGAAAAGAGGAAGAGAUCUUAGGGGAUCUACUAAAAGAUUUAGAUGAAGAAAAGAAGAGAUGCAAGUCAUUAGAAGCACAGUUGGAGGGAGCAAAAGAAGAAAUUCAAGAACUAAGGAAGGAACAAGAGAGUUUGAUAGAUAUUUUCUCUGAGGAGAGGCAGCGUCGUGAAAUUGAGGAGGAAAAUUUGAGAAAGAAGUUGAAGGAUGCAUCAAAUACCAUCCAAGAUUUGCUUGACAAGGUGAGACUACUGGAGAAAACAAGGUCCAUUUCAAAUGGCAAACGGGAGCGUUGAUUUGGAUUAGUGAUUCUUAUGGAUGCUGUAAAGAUGCAUUUGUAAUUAGUGUAUCUGUACUUAAACAUUUUGUGUUUCUACCUCUAUUAGUAUAUCUAUCGUGUAUCGUGAUUCUGAGGGCUGCUAUAGUUCAAAAAAACCACCUCCUUAAAUCUCUCCUUUUGGGACCGGAAAAGAAAAAAAAAAAAACGAGAGACGGAGGAGGUCCUUUCUUUAAAUGGAAAAAGGCUAAGUUGUCGUCAUCAA